AUGACCAAGCCGCGCGUCAUCUACUGGUUUCGGACCGACCUGCGCCUCCACGACUCGCCCGCUCUCAAGGCCGCCCUUGACCUGCAGCCCGCCGUGCUCUGGCCCAUCUUCACCUGGGACCCUCACUACGUCUACCGGAAACGGGGCGGUCUGAACCGAUGGCAGUUCCUGCUGGACUGCCAAAACGAUCUCUCGCGCUCCCUCACCAAGCUCAACCCAAAGUCCAAGCUCUUCGUCCUCCGCGAGGCGCCCCAGACGCUGCUGCCCAAGCUCUUCAAGGCCUGGAAGGUCACUCACCUGGUCUUCGAAAAGGACACAGACGCCUAUGGCCGCGAGCGUGACACCCUCGUUGAAAAGGCGGCCCGCGACGCCGGCGUCGAGGUUGUCGUCCGCCCCGGCAGGACCCUCUGGGACAGCGACGCCUUGGUCGAGAAGCACGCCGGCAAGCCCACCAUGUCCAUGGCCCAGCUGCAGGCCGCCGGCGCAAAGCUCGGCCCCGUCCCGCGCCCCGUGCCGGCCCCCGACCACCUCCCGGACCCGGGCGAGAUGCCCGUCGACUUCGAGCAUGACCCGCCCAACGCCAAGCCCGACCACAACGCCGACCGCAGGACAGACCCGGAGUCGGCGUACCGAAAGCUCGCCGGCCCCAACGACGACUUUGCCAUCGAGACGAUGGAGGAGCUGGGCUUCCCCCCGGCAACGACGCCCCAUCGCGGCGGCGAGACCGUUGCCCUGAAGCGGCUCGACAACCUCAUCCGCGACAAAAGGUACACGGCCACCUUUGAGAAGCCCAAGACGAGCCCGGCCCAGUUCGAGCCCCAGUCGACCACCCUGCUGUCGCCCUUCCUCCACUUCGGCGCGCUCUCGGUGCGCGAGUUCUACUGGCGCGUCCAGGACGUCGUCGACGCCUACGGCAAGGGCGCAUCGACCCCCCCGACGAGCUUGACCGGCCAGCUGCUCUUCCGGGACAUGUACUUUGCCGCCCAGGCGGCCAUCGGGCCCGAAUUCGCCCAGACCGCCGGCAACCGCUACUGCCGCUUCAUCCCUUGGCAUCUCCCCUCCAAGCGCGACUCGGACACGGGGCUGGCGGCGGCGUCGGGCGACUAUCACGUCGACUCGGACGAGGCCGAGGCGUGGUUCCAGCGCUGGCGCGCCGGCCUCACCGGCUUCCCCUGGAUCGACGCCCUCAUGCGCCAGCUCUGCGAGGAGGGCUGGAUCCACCACCUCGGCCGCCACGCCGUCGCCUGCUUCCUCACCCGCGGCGGCUGCUACGUCGACUGGGAGCGCGGCGCCGACGUCUUCGAGGAGUGGCUCCUCGACCACGAGCCCGCCUGCAACGCGGGCAACUGGCAGUGGCUGUCUUGCACCGCCUUCUUUGCCCAGUACUUUCGCUGCUAUAGCCCCGUCUCCUUUGGCCAGAAGUGGGACAAGGAGGGCGACUUCAUCCGCCGCUGGGUGCCCGAGCUGAAAAACCUCGACGCAAAGUACAUCUACGAGCCCUGGAAGGCGCCCCUCCAGGACCAGAAAAAGGCCGGCGUACGCGUGACGGGCGACGGGCUCUCGGGCCGCGACGAGGGCACGUACCCGAAGCCCAUAUUUGACUUUUCCAUGCGCCGCGGCGUCUGUAUCGAGGCCAUGAAGAAGGCAUACGGGGUCGGCCUGCACGGCGACGACCCCCGGGUCCUCAACGGCACCUGGCGCGAGCUGUUUCCCUCGCCCGAGGAAAGCGAGGUGCGAGGCGAGUAUGGAAGCGACGAUGGCGCGGGUGCGGACGAGGCCGACCAGGAGGAGCCGUCGGCAGGAGACAAGCGACACGCGCGCAAAGCCAGCUCCGAGGCUGGACCAAAGAAGCAGAAGAAGUAG